AUGCCUGGCUCCGAGAAGCUGCGCGAGCGUCGCCCUUCCAGCUCCAAGGGCAACCGCCUCACUCAAUUCUUCUCCUCGAGCCCCAAAUCUGCCGACAACACGCAACAAGCCCUGUUUGCUAUGCAACAGCACCACCUCCAACAGCAGCAUUCCUCCGCGCCUACCUCGGGUAUCUCGAGCUCGACAGUAUCCCUGCCUACAAUCUCCCUAUCAACAGCCAUUGCAGAGAACAACACGAUUGACCUUCCCGCGACCAAGACCCUGUUCGAGCCAAAGACUGCCGAAGAAGCUGAACGCCAAAAGCGAGCAGAUGCUCAAUUCGGGCCCCUGAAUCAUCCGAGCCACCUUUGGACCAGCAAGUCUCACGGCCGUCCACUGGCUGCCCCCGUUGAGGAUGAUCCGCCGCAGAGUGCUCUGUACACCACCUACAUCAGCUACCUCAUUCUCAUCCUGAUCGGACACAUCCGUGACUUCUUCGGCAAGCGUUUUGGCGAUAAGAAACGCUACAACUCAUUGAAGGCCCAAAAUGGCUAUGCCCCUCUCAACGACGAUUUCGACAACUUCUACACUAGGCGGCUCAAGGUCCGUCUGAAUGAUUGUUUCGCCCGCGUUGCCACAGGUGUUCCCGGACGUUACAUCACGCUGCUGGACCGCGAGUCCGACGAUUUCAACCACAGCUAUCGCUAUACUGGCACCACCACGGAGACGCUCAACAUGAGCUCCUACAACUACCUUGGUUUUGCCCAGUCAGAAGGUCCGUGUGCGGAUGCUGUGGAAGAGUGUGUGCGUCGCUAUGGCAUCACCACCUGCAGUCCUCGAGGCGAUGCUGGGACGACUGAUCUUGCUCUCGAGGUAGAGCGGGAGGUGGCCAACUUUGUCGGCAAGCCCUCCGCCAUGAUCUUCUCCAUGGGCUACGUGACCAACGCUAGCUCUUUCCCUGCCCUCGUCUCCAAAGGCUGCUUGAUCAUCUCGGAUGAGCUCAACCACGCCUCGAUCCGCGUCGGUGCUCGUAUGUCUGGUGCCAUGAUCAGAUCCUUCGCCCACAACGAUGUUCGGUCGUUGGAGAAGGUCCUUCGUGAAGCCAUCUCUCAGGGUCAACCCCGCACACAUCGUCCUUGGAAGAAGAUCCUAGUCGUUGUCGAAGGUCUCUACUCGAUGGAGGGAACCAUGUGCGAUCUACCCGGCGUCUUGGCUCUCAAGCGCAAGUACAAGUUCGCCCUCUUCGUUGAUGAGGCGCACUCCAUUGGUGCACUUGGACCCCGCGGUCGUGGUGUAUGCGACUACUUUGGCGUCGACCCUGCCGAGGUCGACAUCCUCAUGGGUACCCUCACCAAGUCCUUCGGUGCCAAUGGAGGCUACAUCGCGGCGGACAAGCACAUUGUCGAUAAGCUGCGUGCCACCAAUUCGGCGACACAGCUUGGUGAGACUCCCUCACCGUGCGUCCUCAUGCAGAUCCUGGCUUCAUUGAAGAUGAUCACCGGCGAGCUCUGCCCUGGUCAGGGUGAGGAGCGCUUGCAGCGCAUCGCCUUCAAUUCUCGAUACCUCCGUCUUGGUCUCAAGCGUCUCGGAUACAUUGUCUACGGCCAUGAUGAUUCUCCCAUUAUUCCCGUCAUGCUCUAUCACCCUGCCAAGAUCCCAGCCUUCUCUCAUCACAUGCUCAACCGUCAAAUCUCCGUCGUCGUCGUCGGCUAUCCUGCCACCCCGUUGAUCACCUCUCGCGCUCGCUUCUGCGUUUCUUCCGCUCACAACAAGGAGGAUCUUGACAGACUCUUGCGAGCUUGCGACGAGGUCGCCGAUGAGAUGAACAUCAAGUACUCUUCAGGGAUCGCCGGCGGACUGGAUGAUCUCGACCCCAAGUACGACUGCCCUAUCGAGGAUGAACUGGCCUUCCGCCGGUCGAAGAAGCUGAUCUAUCCUCCCCGAUGGUCUGUGGAGGAUGUCAUCGAGAGGGGUGCCCGGGACGCCAAGCUUCCCCUUCGAUAA